AUGCCUACGUUUCAGGGCGGAUGCCAUGGUGGGGGGCAAAUUCCAAUGGUUCCCUUUGCACGGCAGGCGUCACGCUCGUUCUUGACCAAGACGGACGCGAUCAUCUUCCUCCCGGGGAGUAGACGAGGCUUCCACUCCUUUCUCAACAGCGGGAGAUCGAAGAGGCUGAUGGGAGACGCUGUUCUGUUUAAAACAGCUAGGGCUGACGGGGAGCAUCUCGGCCCAGGAUCGUAUGACCUACCUCCCACCCUCAACAAUGGCCGUAGGCCCAGCACAGGCCCGGAAGCAAGCUUGCGGGUCAAGCCCCAACAAACCCGUCCCCGUUCCCGACUUCGGCGUGCUGUUAGUUCAACGAGCUCUGUCAAUGGGACUGGAUGUUUGAAAGGGAGCGUGGGGGCGGACGCGGGGUUGUACAUGGAGGAAGAGGAGGAGCGUGCGGCGGCCGUAAACGCCGUCCGAGGGAACCUCUUCUACCUUGCAAGCAUCAGCGUAUUGGUCAUAGGUCGAGCGGCGUAGAUCCUGGCGUUCAUUUCAAACUCGCACCAUCGAGCUGACGGGUUGUAAGGUCGUGUUGUCGCAUGCAAGCUGGGAGGUGUGUUUGGAAAUGCGGCUGAACGGCGUGUCUCGAGCAAGUCUGGUGCUUUCGGGUAGAGAGCCUUGAGAGACAACGACGUCUCCACGAGCCGCCGUAACUUUCUCCGACCGGACUACCUACAGGUCCAAGCUUUUUCGGUCUUGUGCAAUGGCUGAGCUAAUUGACGAAAUUCUACCUCCGGGGCACGCAUGGAAACUGCCGAAUUCACGCAGGGUUACACCCGAAGUUCUUGGCUCGGAUGUCUGCUCGUGUGACGAAUGCUUCUCUUCUUGAGGACAGCACUUGAGACGCUGCUGGCUUUUUGCGGGAGUUUACUCUUUGUUCUCGCUCCUGUUGUUCGAUUGAUACGAGAGGAUGCUGAAAUACGGGAGUUGAUAUUGCAUAGUGUAGUCUAUGGCGUUUGCUUCCUCUGUUUGAUUCCCAUCUGUCCGUAUUUGUUUUGUUGUCGCGGAGUUAGUUGCGCUAGAUGUCGCGCGUUUG